UUUUGUUAAAAAUAAAAGAAAGCUCUCUCUCUCUCCUCUCCCCCUCUCCUCUGCUGUUCCUCAGCUCCUUGAAACCCUUGACGACGAUGGAGCAGUCGUCAUCGGCGGCGUGAAUCUCAGGUUUCUCGUUGCGUCGUUUUCGGUCCGACGGUGGAAAACUCCGACUCGGAUUGCUUCCAAUUCACGAUCCCGCAAUCUUCCUCUCCACCGCUCUCGUUAAUUUCCGUUCCCGACAUGCUCCUCCAUUGUUUCGUGGAGUAGGUUUGUCUCUCGUGUCGGAAAAUCACGCUUAAUUCCGCCUAUUGGCUCUGGAAAAGAGCGAUAAAAUCAUUGGUCCUCCGAUUGUUUUGGAAGAAUUCAGUUUGGUAUGAAAUAUCACAAGCUCUGUGGUUUCUAGAGGAUAAAUGGAACUUUCUGUUUCCUCUCCGAAGCAACGAGUGCUAUCUCCUCCCGAGUGUAUGAGUGAUCCGGAGGAGCAGGAAAUCAGCGAGGAGGAGGAUGAUGAUCGCAACCAUAAGCAUCGUAGGAAAGAAACAAGGUCUCAGUCCUUGGAACGAGAUAGUUCAGAUCAGAUUUUCACAAGGCCUCACAGGAAAAAUAAUAGACAUUCUGAAAAUGGGAAUUCUCUUAAUGAUCAUGAAAAGUGGCAUCCAGGUGGUGCAGCACGUGUACAGUUUGAUUCAAACCAAAGGAUUAGGCCAAACCAAACUUUUUCUAGGGACACCGGUCCUGGAAGAGGUAGAGGGAGAGACUAUGGUUCCUGGGCCCAGCGUGGUUCCAGGUUCAACCCUGUUGAUCUCUCAUCUCAUAUGGUCCAAGUUGGCGGUAUGAAUCCUGGUAUAUUUGGAGGAAGGGGACUAUCUGGUGUUUCAACCGCACAAAAUGCACCAUGGCCUGCUUUUGGAAUGCUUCCUGGGAUUCCAACUGGUGGCUUAGAUACUCUCCACCCAAUUGGUCUGCCAGGGUCUCUCAGACCACCCUUAAAUUCUCCACUCAACCUUCCUGUUCCUCGGCAACGGUGUAGAGACUUUGAGGAGCUUGGAUUUUGUCUCAGAGGAGACACAUGCCCCAUGGAGCAUGGAGUGAAUCGCAUUGUUGUUGACGAUGUUCAGAGUCUUUCACAAUUCAACCUUCCAGUUACACUCCCUGGUGCACCUCUUCUGGCAGCUUCUUCUAAAUCUGUGCCUACCCAUUUUGGUAGCUCUUCUACAUAUAUGAAUGCUAAAGGGGUUAAUGGAAAAAAUAACGAGGGUGGAAUGACUGUUGAAGGCUAUCCUGGCGCUGUUGGAACUGAUUUUUAUGACCCUGAUCAACCUUUAUGGAACAACAAUGCUGGUGAAACUUCAGGUGCAAUGUCUGGCCCACAUGGCAUUGAUGAAACUGUAGCAACAGUGGGUGAUGGUAACCGAGAUGAAACUGAAAAUUUGUGUGGUAUCAGAAACUCAAGAAGCAUUAGUCAAUCUGUUUGGGGCAGAAUCUGUGGUUCAAAAGAUGAAGGGAAUUUCAAAGGGGAAGCUGAUGCAACAUUGAAUUCAUUGUGUGGUCUCGAAGAUCAAGUCAAGGAGGUCUCAUUCAGUUCAUCUAGACAAGGAAAGCGGAAUCUUGCUGGUGAAACUGUUUCCAAAAUUGAUUCAUCCAAGGCACUUAAUGAUGCGAUAACCGAUACAAGGAAACACUCUCAGAAGGCAAUGCGGACGCUAUUUGUCAAUGGGGUUCCCCGUGAGAGCAACAGGAGGGAGCUCCUUCUCGCCCAUUUUCAGAAAUUUGGAAAGGUUAUUGACAUUCGUAUUCACUUAAACAGUGAGCGAGCAUUUGUUCAGUUCUCUAAGCGCGAAGAGGCCGUUGCUGCUCUCAAGGCACCUGAUGCUGUAAUGGGUAACCGCUUUAUCAAACUUUGGUGGGCAAAUAGGGAUAGCAUCCAAGAUAAUGGCCUGAGCACUGGAAAUGGUGCAACUGUGACCGGCCAUGGUAUUGUAUCUUCUGGAGGACAAAACAAAUUUCUUAUUGCAACAACAUCAAAGAGCAACCAUGUUUCUGCCGCUCUGAAGGGUCCUGUUCUCCACACUGGUGAAGCUCCAUACUCUGAGCAGGCUAAGCCUAUGGUCACUAACGUUCCCAAGGUGCCACCUCAGCAGAAAAAAUCAGAAGCUCUCGAGCAGCUGAAGGAGGAACUCCGGAAAAAGCAGGAAAUGUUGGAGCAGAAACGUAAUGAAUUCCGCAAACAGUUGGCCAAACUCGAAAAAAAUACAACGGUCGUCAAGGGUGAUGAAAAUGAAGAGCCGGCUUCAAAGCGCCUUAAAGUGGGUACGCUGGCUGAUCCCAAUGCUUCCACUCCGUCACCAAAAUCGGAGUCUUUGGCACAGAAGAGUAGUAAACUUGCCCAGAAAUCGGUGCCCACCUUUAAGCUAAUCACGGAAACACCAUUGCAAGAAUCAAAAAACGUGAAGCAGCGAACUUAUCCCUUUGGGACGAGUAUGAGCACUCCUGUGGUGAAUCGAUUCAAGCUGGACAACCGCACCACUACCAUCAAAGUGGUUCCUCCUUUACCUACUGGUUUAGCUGAUGUUGAUGUCUUAAAGGAACACUUCUCGGCCUUUGGCGAGAUUUCCAAAGUGGACAUAGAAGACGAGGGACCGAGCGAUGGUGGUGGAGCCAAGGAAAAGGAUACAUCUAACAAAAACCGUGAAAUCCAUGUUACGUUUUCGAAACGCAGUGCAGCGGAGAAUGCGUUUGCCAACGGCAAGUGUUGGAAAGGGAACGUCUUGCAGCUCGUGUGGGUAACACGGCAAACCGGUAAAGACCUGAGAAACUCGGGGAAGUCAUCUUCUGUUCAAAACGUCACUAAAGCAGCGGAAUCUUCUUCUUCCGACCCGAUCACUACAAAUGUUUCUGGGGAAGAAGAAUCACAUGACACUCACGUUCAGGAUAAGAAUGUUUCUGUGGAAGAAGCUUCUGAUAACCGAGAGGACGAUGGAAGGGACAACAAUGAGGCUUCCGAGGCUGUUGGAACAGAUGAAGAGAAACAGUCCGAGGAAACGAUGAGGAUCGGAUCUGCGGAAUGAUUGGUCGGAAAAAGAUGAUCAAGGGCUUGUUGUACAGUGAGGUAAUAUUUGUCUCGGAACUCUUUUUUUUUUUUUUGGUUUCGUCUAGAGAUCGUUUCGUGCCGAUUGGCGAAACAUUACAAUUUUUGGCUGGCAGCUUUACAUAAUCUAAAGUAAGGGCUUUUCCUCUAAGUGUUCAGAGGAUGUAACAAAAGAGACACGGUUUCGGAUUCGGAUUUGUCACUCUUUUGCCCAUCGUAGCAACAAGCAUUGUCUUGUUUUCCAGCUGUUAGGCGUUCAGGUGAAAAGAACAGGAAUUUGAAAAUUUUUACCCGUUUUUUUUUUUAGUGGUUAUGGA